CAUAGACAGACAAACAGAAAAAGAAAAAAAGAAAUAAAACAAGGAUCCGCCAUUGCCCAAUCCUCCACCGUCUCUCUUCUUUCUUUUACCUUCAUCGAAAGUCACAGAGAGACCCAAUUGGCCAAAUUCCAUUUCCAAACACGAACCUUCUCCUCCAUCCCCGCAAAAAUUUCCUUCCUUUACCUUCUCGUGUCCCAUACCCAGACAAAAAAGAAAAACACUGAAAUUAUUAUUAUUAUUAUUGAGGAGAGAAAAAAAAAAAAAAACAGUUGCUGAUUCUUUGGUUUCCCACUCUGUUUGGGGUUCUUUCUUUUUCCUUUUUUUAAUUCCAGCAGAUUCUUAACUUUCCUUCUAAUCCCCCCCUUCAAUUCUCCUUUUUUCCUUCCCUCUAUCCCACUUUCCCUUUGCCUCUCUCGUUGCUUUGAGAUAUUUCCUUGUGAUUUCCCUCUUCCGAUUCCGGCAAUCCGGUGGGAAUUCUUACGAUUACCGCGUCGGAAUCGUUGCUGGGUCUCUGAAUUUGGGGAGCAGGAACAGAGGUAUUGGAUAAAGGAAGGAUUUUUGUAUAUAUAUAUAGAGUGGUGGUGGAAAACGGUGGAGAAAAGUUGUUGAAUUUUGGGGAGCUGAUUGUCGAAGCAGAAUUGCCUUGUGUUUGUUUGUGUAUCUACUUUUUGGGGAGAGAUGGACAAGUACGAGCUAGUGAAAGACAUAGGAUCUGGCAAUUUCGGGAUUGCUAGGCUGAUGAGGAACAAGCAGACCAGAGAGCUCGUCGCCAUGAAAUAUAUCGAGCGUGGCCCCAAGAUUGAUGAGAAUGUGGCAAGAGAGAUUAUAAAUCACAGAUCGCUUCGCCAUCCUAACAUAAUUCGCUUCAAGGAGCUGGUUCUGACUCCAACCCAUCUAUCUAUAGUGAUGGAGUAUGCUGCCGGCGGGGAGCUGUUUGAGCGCAUCUGUAAUGCUGGAAGAUUCAGCGAAGAUGAGGCUAGGUACUUCUUCCAACAGCUUAUUUCAGGCGUCAGCUACUGCCAUUCCAUGCAAAUAUGCCAUCGAGAUUUGAAGCUGGAAAAUACAUUACUGGAUGGAAGCCCAGCCCCACGGUUGAAGAUAUGUGAUUUUGGUUAUUCAAAGUCUUCUUUACUUCAUUCAAGACCAAAAUCAACUGUUGGGACUCCAGCAUAUAUUGCUCCGGAGGUUCUUUCCCGCAGAGAAUAUGAUGGCAAGGUAAUAUCAGCUAAAUGUUCAUGUUCCGCCAGUUUUUAUUAUCGAAGAGUCAAGAUGACAUUCUGUUUUCUGGAUCCUUUGAAUUUGGCUGAUGUAUGGUCAUGUGGAGUAACACUCUAUGUUAUGCUGGUGGGAGCAUAUCCUUUUGAAGACCAGGAUGACCCAAAGAAUUUCAGAAAAACAAUCAACAAAAUAAUGGGUGUUCAGUACAAGAUCCCAGAUUUUGUACACAUAUCGCAAGAUUGUAGGCACCUCAUUUCCCGCAUAUUUGUUGCAAAUCCGCUCAAGAGAAUCACAAUGAAAGAGAUCAAGAGCCACCCUUGGUUUCUGAAGAAUCUGCCUAGAGAACUGACGGAGGCAGCCCAAACCAUGUACUACAGGAAAGAGAAUCCAUCCUUCUCCUUACAAACUGUGGAGGCGAUCAUGAAAAUCGUUGAAGAGGCCAAAGUGCCUGCAAAAGUCUCGAGAUCAAUUGGGGCCUUUGGCUGGGGAGCAGAAGAUGAAGAAGAAGAGGAUGAUAAAAGGGAAGAAGAGCCCGAGCCUGAGGCUGAGGAAGGAGGAGGAGUGGUUGAUGAGUAUGAAAAGAGGGUUAAGGAGGCACAAGCUAGUGGCGAAUUCCGAGUUAGUUAAGCCGAUGAUACCUAGUUUGCACGUUGGGGAAGUAUGGACGUCUAGGAAUAUGCUGCUUGCUUCCUAUUUUACCUCUACAAUAGGAUUGCCAUGGAGAGUCUGUAUAAAACAACCUUCUGUAAUCUAGAACCCCCUUAUGGUGCAUGUGUGGUAAUAAUCUGUGUGUGUAAAUUUGUAGCGGUUUUGGGUAUUGGCAGGCAGGCAAGGUGUGAGACGAAAUCUGCUCCACGGGAAAUAGGGUUUGUGUUUGUGCUGAAUUCUGCAAGACAGCUUCUGGUGUUGCUUUUUGGUUUGUUGUGAUGUUCAUUUUUGGGGUCUGUCAAACUUCUUACAGAUUGUUAAUGAGUUAACUAGUUACUGAACCGUACAGGUUGAGAUGGAGAAAAGUUUUUA